AUGAAUUGUAUUAGUACACCAAGUUGUUUCAAUAAUGUUGGCAUCAGCUACUAUAGCGUAAGUGAAAAAGAACCUGGUACUAUUAUAAAGACAGCAGUAUUUAUGAAUGAAAUUUUAAUGAUACUUGUUAAAGGAAUGAAGAUGAUAGAAAGAUGCGACGUGAAGGAAUUUGCCUUAAGAGAAAUUAGUUGUGAAGUCAAUGAAACAGCGGAUAGGCUUAGUUUAUUACAUAAAGCUAUGAUUAGUCUUUCAGACAAUGAUGGUGUAAGAUUAUUUGUGGCAUAG